ACUAAGGGGCUGGGAGAAGGACUAAGGGAAGCGAGGUAGCUGGCCACAGCCGCCAUAUGCUGACUGGAUUCCUGUUCAUGUCUGCUGUGUGAAGACUGUAGGUUUCUGUUCUGUGCUGGCCGGCAGGGGAACACACCAUGGGAAGCUCACAUCUCCUCAACAAAGGCAUGCCUCUAGGCAUCAGGCCACCCAUCAUGAACGGGCCCAUGCACCCGCGCCCUCUGGUGGCGUUGCUGGACGGGCGCGACUGCACUGUGGAGAUGCCCAUCCUGAAAGAUGUAGCAACUGUGGCCUUCUGUGACGCGCAGUCCACACAGGAGAUCCACGAGAAGGUGCUGAAUGAAGCUGUAGGAGCAUUGAUGUACCACACCAUCACUUUGAUGAGAGAAGACCUGGAGAAGUUUAAAGCUCUGCGUAUCAUCGUCCGCAUUGGCAGCGGCUACGACAACAUUGACAUCAAAUCUGCCGGCGAAUUGGGCAUAGCUGUGUGUAACAUGCCUGCAGCCUCAGUGGAGGAGACGGCGGACUCCACGCUGUGUCACAUCCUCACCUUGUACCGACGCACCACCUGGCUGCACCAGGCUCUACGGGAAGGAACGCGGGUUCAGAGCGUGGAGCAGAUCCGUGAGGUGGCGUCAGGAUGCGCGAGGAUCAGAGGAGAGACACUGGGACUCAUAGGGCUCGGUCGGGUGGGCCAGGCUGUAGCCCUGCGAGCCAAGGUUUUUGGCUUUAAUGUGAUUUUCUAUGACCCUUAUUUGGCUGACGGCGUAGAGAGGUCCCUGGGACUACAAAGGGUCACCACACUACAGGACCUGCUCUUCCACUCUGACUGCGUGUCUCUGCACUGCAGCCUGAACGAACACAACCACCACCUGAUCAACGACUUCACCAUCAAACAGAUGCGUCAGGGUGCGUUUCUGGUGAACACAGCCAGGGGGGGUCUGGUGGAUGAGAAGGCCCUCGCUCAGGCCCUGAAAGAGGGAAGGAUACGCGGAGCGGCUCUGGACGUUCAUGAGACAGAGCCUUUCAGUUUCAGUCAGGGCCCGCUGAAGGAUGCACCCAACCUGAUCUGCACUCCACAUGCUGCCUGGUACAGCGAACAGGCCUCACUGGAGAUGAGAGAGGAGGCAGCCAGGGAGAUCCGAAGGGCUAUCACAGGUCGCAUACCAGACAGUCUGAAGAACUGUGUGAAUAAGGAGUUUCUCACCCAGAACAACCACUGGACAGGCGUUGACCCAGCCACCGUCCACCCUGAACUCAACGGGGCUUAUAGGUACCCGCAAGGAGUGGUAAGCUUGCCCGCUGGUGGCCUCCCGCCUCCCAUUGAAGGCAUAGUACCCAGCGCUGUGCCCAUCACACAUACCCUCCCGCCCGCUGUCAUACACCCUCCACAUGCCCCGUCGCCCGGACAAAACACAGUGAAGCCACCAGAGGGCGACAGAGAGCAGCAUCCGAAUGACCAACUGUAGCCACACACACAAACGCACACGCUUGACCGUGUUGUCUGGUGACCGGAGGUGGUUGGCAUGACAACCGUUGUCAUAGCGAUAAGUACCCUAGUGACAAGUUGUUAUCAGACAGGUUCACAGAGUGUCAGAUCGACAGGUUGAGGUCCCAAUAACUAUCGAUUCACAAUUCGCUGGCAGUUGGUUCCCGGCAGCCAGUUCACACUCCAAAGAGGAAGAAAAGGAGGAGGAUGAUAAAGAGGAGGAGGAGUGGAUAUCUGUUUGGAUGCUCUAAUCAAAGAGCAAGACAGCUGUCCUCUGCUCCAACCAGAAAUCCUGAAAAAGACUAUAGAGCUCAAAGGUCCGCAGGUUGAUCUUCAUACCAACAAUAGUCAAGUUUUAAACUGUUUCCUCUGCCAGACAUUAAAAAAAUAUCAAUAACUAUCUGUUGAUUUGGGAAGAAAAAAUACUGAUUCAAAUUCUGCUGUCUUAGACUGUAGUGUGUCCAAAGUUAGAGGGGCGGGUUUAAUGUCUCUUUUUCUGUGUCCUUUCCUUAGUUUGAUGUACAAGCAAAAGUAGUAGGUUAUGAAAUGAAUGUAACCUGUCUGUGUACAGUUUUUAGAGUUAUGGCAAGAAGAUACUGAUAUUUGUAUUCCAGUCUUAACAAAACAAGGGUUAUGUGAUCUCUCUAUGUAGCCAAACAGGUUUGAGAAUACAAUAUCUGUUUUUUUGUGUUCCCAAAUUAACAAGCCCCCUAAAAAAAGAGGCAGCUUUUUGCACACCAUCUCAGGAAAUUAAGUUUCCGCAGUUGGUAUAUUAUUUUUUAAAUUUUUAUUUUAAAAAUUCCUUUUUAUGCCACUUAGUGCUUUUGUUUUUCUACCUGCUUGCCUUUUCGUGUCCCGCUACAUUAGAGAAAGAACUUUAACAAGAGCUUAAGUUGAUCUAAUGUUUGCUUUUGUUUGUUAGGUUAAUGGGCAAGUGAUUUUGCUCUUGGGACUUGUGUGUAAAUGUUUGACCCAAACCGAGGGGGUUGUGGGAGGGAAGGCUGUAGAGAAGUGGCAAAAUGGUAUGCUUGGCUGGGAUGACGGACUUCAUCCCUAGUCCUGAUUGUUUUAUUAGAAAACAAAGUUGUUGAGAUUAUUUCUCUGAAAGACGCAGGUUGUCCACAAGGUGAUGCACUGAGAAUUUGUACUGCAGCAGCUUACAGUUAAAGAAACUGUCUCAUAAAAGGAAAUAUCUCUAUUUUCCUCAUGUCUUCAUGAGCCAGUGCUUCCACUAUUACGUACAGUAAUUGUAUAAUCGUGGAGCAUGAACACUUGAGCACACCAAGGUUUACAAAUGAUACACAGCACUGAUGAAAAAGUGUGUCGCUUCCCUUACAGCAAUGGAUUUGACCAAUGAGCCUACACACCCCUGAAACCAUCCGAUCAGUUAAUCAACUCUUUAGUGCCUGCCAAAACCAUUUUAGAUUCCUAGUUGAAGUUUAACUCACUUGUACAGACGUGACUUCAAGUUAAGGACAGAUGAGGAAUACUUCUGUUCUACAAGUUAGGCCAAAAAAUCUUUCAUAUUUCAGACUGACUCCCAUAUUGCAACUUUGAAUCUGUUUUAAAAAAAAAUUUAAUAGAGAAAAAUGCUCAGUCAGAUCAACUUUCCAGAAGAGGACAACCUGCAACUGAGAGCUAAAACUACGGUGUUAUACUAGUGUGAGGUACAACAUAUAUGCACAAUAACAUACAGAUGUUUGACGUACUUGAUAGCAUGUCAAAGUGCUGAUUUCUUCACCAGUCUAGUAUCCCUUUAACAUUUCAUGAUAGGUCCUUCCCGAGUAUACCGUUUAGCCGCCCUCUGUGGCCUCUGUGUCUAUGUGUACAUAUGGUGUUCUGCCUGCCUGUUUCAAUGUGACUUGGUUGUAUCUGUGUCUAAAAAAGCAGCACUGGGGGGAGGGGUGGUGGCUAGUACUCUCCACAAGGCAUCAUUACGAAGACUGCCAUCUGAAUACACAACAAAACACUACGCACAAAGUAAAAACAAACGUGUGGAACUAGACUUCAGACUAAAUUUACUGGCCACACUCCAACAAUGAAAACAACAAGCGGAUAUAUUUACACCAGUGUCAAAAUAUCUGAGACUCUUUUCUCUCUGGAAAAUUGAUAACUGAUUCCAGUUCAUGUGUUGUUGAUGUUAGCAGGCCAGCUAAGUGACAGUGCUUUCUGGAUCCCCUUCUACCAGCAGCUGAGUAGUAAAAACAGUUCACUGUUGCCUACCUGGUCUACUUCAUGGUGAGGUAGUAAGCGUAGCAAUCAGGGAUGGGAAUUUCACUAGCCACUGGUGAUUAUUUUACAACCUGAGCUUGAGCCAAGUUCUCACUGGCCAGAAUCUCAAUGGGGUGUUUGGUACACACGGUACUGAGGUGACAAUUAAAUAUCACUGCUAGAGCCCCAAAAUCCUUAAAGGAAUGCUGGAAUAUUUUGAACUUUUACUCCUAAACUUUCCUCACAAGAUGCCUGUCGCCAUGUGGGGGGGAAACACUUUGCUGAUAUCUCCAGAGCAACUUAAUACAAACUGUAAGCAUUCCUCAUUCAAACCGAUGGGUGCCACAAGAAAAACAGCUUUUAAAGUAUCGAGGUGCUCCUUGAAAUUCCAUCCCUGGUAGUAACACACAGUCCACUGUUGCCUACCUUGGUCCCCUUUAUGGUAAAGUAGUAGGCGUAGCAAUAUACAGUACACAUAUUCUAUAUUCUACAGUAAAUAUCAUUAUUUUUGGUCAAAACUGACAACCUUACAAAGAUAUGUUUGUGACUGUAUGCAUUUGUAUGAAUUAUUUUAAAAGGAAAUAAACUGUGGAA